AUGGGUUUAUUGAAGAAGGUUUUACCAACAAUCAAUGCUUACAAUGAUUGUCUAAAUAAAUUUCAAUUGGCCCCUUCGCCCAUUCCCCCUAGUCCUUCUGUUGGCGCCGGUAUUUGUGACUACUGUCACACAAAAUCUACUAACGUUAGUAACACAUUCGUUUUUGACAUUGAUAAUUUUUGUGAAAAAUAUCAUAAAAAAGCUUGUGAAGAUUGUUUAGAGGUUUUGAACAUAGACAAUUGUCUAAAUGCGACUUAUCAGUCACUUUGUGGUAAUACUCAAAGCUUGGAAAGAAUCUUUGACAAAUUUGCCUCAAUAAAUCAACUAGAAACAUCGAAGGCUGGGCAAGUGUUAAACGAAUUGAUUUCUAUUGCUUAUUCUAUGCAAUUGCUGAUCAAGGAUGAUCCAUUAAAACUCAAGCAGUCAUUUUAA